AUGCUGCUGGAACAACUUGUCGAGGGGACCAGAUCAAGUAACGUGCGACGGCAUUUGCUCUUGCACCCGCAAUCUGAAUUGGAUACAGCGGUCAAACGUAUUGAAGAUCUAGAAAAGCUGGAGGCGGCUACAUCAAAACUUCGAGAAUGUACGACAGUGGGACGCGAUGGUGGGAAAGAAGUUGGACAUCAGGCGUUGCACAGAGGCCGAGAAAUGCGACGACCGUAG